AUGGUUGCGGGCUAUAAGGAGGCCAAGAGCGGUGCUGACAAGCUAGAAAGACAAAUUGAAGAACUUCAAAAGCAGCUGGCUAGGCUGAGGGAGAGGCAAAACAAACUUGGAGCUGGACUGGGCACUAAGACUAAGGUCACUUUUCUUGUGCAAAACAUGGUUGCAGCUUCUAGGCCAGCAUUGGAGAUUGCAGAGGCCUCUCUUCAUUAA